CUACGGUUUUUUGAUUUUCCACCUCUCAGCCAGUCUCUCCCAAAUAGAUUGGAAACAAAAGAAAACUCAUUCACACGAAAUGAGCACGGUUUCUCCGAAGCAUACGGAGGAUGGUUAUGAAGAGAAAAAAUCGUCUCCGAGCAUGGAGAAUAUCAAACACAUUCCAUUCUUUUUCAUUUUCCUCUGCACAUUGUGCAUGGCGUCGAUCUACUCGAAUCCCACAGUCUAUCAGUCGACAAUCAACUUUCUUCACGAAUUUCGAAAUUCUUCAGAAUCAGACUUCUAUGAAGAAAUCGAUAACCAAUACGACCCGGCAAAGCAAACCUCCCGUGAUGUCAUUGUCAAGUAUGUCUACUACCUUUCAAAUCCUCAAAAGGAAUCGUUGAUUACUGUAACCUCGGUGGGUACGGUACUAGCGGCUACUCCGAUAACAUUUGCUUAUAACAAUAUGGGAUUCAGAAGAAGUUUUGUAAUGUGUGCUUUUAUAAGCAUUAUCCCUGCCUUGUUUUUUCCGAUAUGUGUGAAUGCGAAAACAUAUCUUUUGGCAAUUAUACUUCGCAUAUUUCAAGGUUGCUCCCUCGCAGCUUUCAUCCCGUACAUCUGCAAGCUAUCAGUUUUCAUUCCAUUCGAUCAUAUCGCCGUCCCCAUCAUUGUCUUUGCAUAUUCCCAUAUUUCUGAAAUAUUCGUGCAUCCAAUAGUUUCCCAUAUGGCUUCAUCUUCUCUUGGAUGGCAUUCUGCACAUUAUGGAGCAGUCAUCACAAUUGUUAUCAUUUUCUUCGUUUUUGUUCUCAUUCAUUUUGAUGAGGACUUUAAGGAGCGAGCCGGGACAAUCGGAUUUUGCAAUGCAAUGUUCGAAUACGAACGCACCCGUUCUCGAACAUUCGAUCUCCGGAUUCCAUAUUUAUCAAUCUACCAGGACUUCCGUAUCUGGGUGAUAUUCUUCACCUCAUUUGCCUAUGGAUGUGCCCUCCAACUUUUCUACCAAUUUGGCCCAACAUUCUUCCACAAAGUCCUAGGUCACUCAGAAAUCUCAUCUGCCUACUUCACAAUUAUUGCUCCGAUCCUCAACUUGGUCACUUCAUGCUCGUCGGUAUAUCUCUUCGAAAAACUUGCAAAUGGCGAGCAGAACAAGAUGAGGUUUUUCAACACAAUUGCGUUCGGCACUUGUGGGAUUUUCCUUUUUACACUCGGGUUUUUCAAUCCUGUCAAUCAUAAGUAUAUCGUAACGGUAAUGUACAUCCUGGCCUCAUCCCUUCUCGGAUGCUCAUAUGCAGGCCAUUUGAGAAUGAACCAGCUCCGAUCCGGCCACCUUCAUCUAUUUCUGCUCGUCAAUAUUUUUAUUGUCAACUCGACUGCAAUGUUCUUCUCAUCAUUACUCAACGUUCUCAUUGCAAAAAACACUGACUACUCAUCCUGGUCAACUCUGUUCAUAGUUCACGCGAUAUUCCUCAUCAUCGCCAACAUCAUUUUCUUCUUUUUCUGCUCCUCAGAAAGAGCACCAUGGGCCAAGGAAGGCUACGAGGACUCUUCGAUUCAGCCAUAUCGCGAUGAGCCUCUUCCACAGUUUCCAUUGUAAUUGUAUAAAUUGUAUUGAUAAUGAAUUAUCGGAUUUUA